CUGAAGCUACCAGCUAACUAGUCGGCAAGAAGAAAAAGCUCUAACUGUCCUAGGCCUAAUUUUCUAUGAUUUCAUAAAUGUAUAUCAGAAGCCACGUUAGAGCUGGUGGGUACUAGAAAUGAGGUCCUGGCUAUACUGCCUUUGCUCCAACUUCGUAAUUUGGCUGCUGUCUCUUCUGUGUUUGAGUCCAAACUUCAGCAGUUCCUUAGAAGUAAAAGCUUCCCCAACUAUAUUACCCCGUGUCAAACCCAGCUACAGUUUUGGUCGGACUUUUUUGGGACUUGAUAAAUGCAACGCCUGCAUUGGAACAUCAAUCUGCAAGAAAUUUUUUAAAGAAGAAAUAAGAUUUGACAGCUGGCUUUCUUCUCAUUUAAAACUACCUCCCAACUACCUCCCUUGCUACUCUGGGAACUACACUGAUGAUACUAAAAGUUGGCGUCCGGUUGAAAUCUCCAGAUUAAUGACAAAAUACCAGCAUGAUCAAUCUGACAAAAGAAUUUGUGCUUCCCUUACCCUUACUAAAAGCUGCAGCAUUGAGCGAGCCUUAUGGAAGACUGAGAGAUUCCAGAAAUGGUUGAAUGCAAAACGUCUCACCCUAGCCCUAGUUCAGGGCCUUCCUACACCAAUGCUUCGCUGCCCAUCACAGAGGCUUCUGGACCGAAUUGUGCGACGAUAUGCUGAAGUGCCCGAUGCUGGUAGCAUCUUCAUGGACCAUUUCUCAGAUCGAGAUAAAUUGCGCCUCCUGUAUACACUAUCAGUUAAUGCACAUCCCAUCAUCUUGCAGAUCUUCCCUGAAGCUGAAGGGUGGCCAUUUCCAAAGUACUUGGGGUCUUGUGGCCGGCUAAUAGUCAGCAUCAGCACCAGAUCUUUGAAGGAAUUUUAUACUGUAUCUUCUGAUGUGGCAGCAGACCUAGCUCUCCAGCUUCUUGCUAUCAUUGAUUCCAUGAUGAAUAAUGACCUGAACUACUAUUUCUAUUUCACCCAUGUUGAUGCUGACACCUUUGGAGUUUUCAACAAUGGGCAUCUAUUCAUCCGGGAUGCCAGUACACUGGGAAUCAUUGACAUGCAGGAAGGAACCCCAUUGAUGGAGGACCAGCAGGAACAUGAGGACAUAUUCAGCUGCUUGGUUGCAGAGUGCCAGUCUGCAUUUCCCUCCUGUAAUUCUGUCAAGCACAUUCAGAACCUGAUCAUGGUGUGUGAGGAGGUUCUGUCUAAACUCUUAAAGGAAAAAUUCCUGCCUUCCCUUCAAGAGAAGAUUGACCAUGCUCUGGCCAUUUGUGCUGACAGUUUCUUAACUCAACAAGAAGUCCUCACUGCAGCUCAGAAGUUGGCAGAGGUCUUGAAGCCUCUCCGGCCUUGUAGCUCUCAUUUUGCCUACCGCUAUCCUGAUUGCAAAUACAAUGCCAAAUAGGAAAAUUAUGUUUGCCCGGGAUACUGGGGCUGUCAUCCAUAUGCCUCUUCUGCCUUGGAAAUUAAAAGGAUGACAUUUAGCUCAGUUUAGCACAUUCUUUCAAAAAGAAUUGGCACAUCUUUCUGCAAGAUGUUUGUUGAAGAACAUGCGCGGCAAAUAAUGACCUCUCCAACUCUUUCCAAAGCAUAUUAAGCCACAUUAUGUAUAUAGGAAGCAAAUUACUCUGGCUAUAUGGAAUAGUUCUCAAUAACUUCACACUUUGUUGAUCACUGGUUACUGCCAGAUUAAAAAGAGAGGAUAUCCCGAUGGAGGUUACCCUUCUCCCUUUCCCAUCUUUGAUAGAACCUUGAAACAGUCUUCUGUCUCUGCAAUCCCAAAAUAACCUGCCCGUCAUAUUCCCUUUUAUGGGGAGGGUUUAUAGCUGCCAAUAGCACACCCUGUGGCCCCACCCUCCAACUGCUUCUUCUUUACCCUCUUCCAUCACAGAAGGUAAAAAUUCUUUUACUUGGAUCCAGGCUCCUAUGAAGAUUGGAACCAUUCUAACUAGCCAUUUCUUUUGGAAUUGCUGUCUACUACACUUUAACAGAUAAUCUAAAUGACAUUAUUGGCAACUCAUUGCAUUCUAGUGUUUUCUAUGAUUUUUUGAAAGAUCUGAUUAAUAGCAAAUAAAAAUAAAAUAAAAUGCAAUUGCAUAACUAA